AUGAAACAAUCUCAACAUGCAUGUCAAACGGAAAUUCUAUUUUUAGCGCAAAAACCUUAUUCUUAUGGUUAUGGUUAUUCGCAUAUUGCUCAUCCUAAAAUUUAUAAAAGUCCAUCCGAACUCUUUAAACGAGAUGAAAAAGAUACUUGUCCUUGUACUGUUGCAACAUCUUCAUUCUGUGGCCCCAUAGUUUGGGGAGAAGUCGUCUUCGCCCAAGACGAAUGUGGAAAAACCAUUGCAACUGGUCUCUUCAGUGACGGGCUUGUUGAUCCUGAAAAGAAUUGUUAUGAUUACCUUAUUGUCGAUAAAUGCGGCAAAGUUCUCUAUAAUUUGACAGAAGCAAUAAGUCCCAAAUAUCGAAAAGAUGGAACAUGGCCUUUUUCAUCAGGAAGACUCAGCGAUCUAAAUUUAGAUUGUGAUAAAGAUGGAGUUCUCCUUGCUUAUUGUGACAAUUGUACUGAUACUAAAUAUCAUAAACGGCAAGGAUCAGGAUCGUCCUUACAAAUUCAACAAAAUGGUCAAGAUUAUGCUGCAGCAGAUCUUAACCAAAAAAUAAAACCAUGGAGAUUAAUUGAUUAUCAAAUUAAAGUCCUGAAAGAUUUCAGCGGUACAUUAUUAGCUGAAUUGAGUGAGGCCGAAAUUGAAUCCCUUCUAAAGACGAAGACUAAAAUCCCUAUUGAUACUGAAAAAAUUCGUGAAUUUGAAAAAUUUGAAUUGUCAAACAAAGAUGAAUUUAUUGAAAUAUUUAUUAACAAAGGUCUUUUUAAAGUUUUUAGUCGUAUUAUACUAUACACAUUUUGGGCAAGCGAGAAUUCAAUUCUCUUUAAUUCAACAAUUGGAUAUCCUGGACCUGAUCCCCGAAUGAAUAGCCGACGCUUUACUGAUAACUUAAGUAAAUUUCCAAUUUAUGAUUUUAUUCAAGUUCCACCUGAAGGAUUGGAAUUACAAUUUGAUGUAGUGGUAGUUGGUUCAGGAGUGGGAGGAGGUGUGGCGGCAGCUCAAUUGUCUAAAGCUGGUGAACUUACUUUAGCUCAAUUAGGUCCCAUUUCUAAGUUCUACGAACAAGGAGGGAUGCUUUCAAAUGUAGCUGGUAAUAUAAGACUUCUGGCUGGAUCAACCUUUGGCGGUGGUACCGCAAUUAAUGGGGCGGUAUCAUUUAAGAGAAGAAUGGCUUCAGAAGGAUUAGAACAUUUUACUUCUAAAGAAUUUGAUAAUUCAAUGGAUGCUGUCACAGAAAGAAUGGGUGUAUCCACAAAAGCGAUUGUUCAUGAUGAAAAAAAUAAAGUACUGAUUGAAGAAAAACAAGGAAGUUUAAUGACAUGGUUAAAAGAUGCGAGAGAUUCUGGAGCAAAAUUUGUGCAAGAUUGGGUUGAAACUAUAGUUGGUAGUGAUGAACGAAAAUUAAUAGUGUAUUCAAAGAAAGUAAUUGUUUCUUGUGGAUCACUUCAUAGUCCGGCAUUGCUAAAAAGAAGUGGACUUCAAAACAAAAAUGUUGGAAAGAAUUUAUUUUUACAUCCAGAAAUGUGUAUUUCUGGCACCUUUCCGGAUAAAGAAAUCAAGCCUUAUUAUGGAACCAUUAUUACUUCAUAUUCUGAUAUUUAUUCCGAUUUACCCUUGGAGGCCGGAUUAAAUCAUAAACAAAGAAUUCUUCAACUUAAUCAUCAAGUUCCUUUGAUCAUUGUAGGGCGUGAUAGUUAUUCAGGAAGUAUUGAUGUUGAUGACGAUGGAAACCAAGAAUACAUUAUACCAUUAGUGAUUAUGAUUCAAGAAGGAGUCAUUGCUGCAGUUAAUAUUUUAGUUGCGGCGGGAGCAAAAUCUAUUGAAGUAGACCUUUCAGAAUUCGAUGAAUUUGUACCUGAUCCUUUACAAGAUCCAAAGUUGAAAUCAUUUUUUAAAAAUAUCAGAAAAAUCAUAACAAAGAAUUGUUAUAUCGGAAGUGGACAUCAAAUGGGAACUUGA